AUGGACGAGAAUGAACAAGCUGUGGACUUAAAUGUGAACGACGUGGUGGAGACAGAGCUCCCACGUCUAGCGGGGGGGUACUUCAUCCUCCAGCGUCAGCGACGUACCAGUCUCGAGCAGUGGCUCAAGACGCAAGAGAAAGCGUAA